GUUGUGAAGUUCUGUAAAAACUUUGAAGCCUUUUUCUACUAGCACUGGCAACUGAAGUUCAUCUGUGAAACAGAACCAUUGCAGAGAAGGAACUGCUGCAAUUUUGGAAUACAGGGGACCACCUUCAUCUUUGCAGAGGUGGCACAUCUCAAUGGAUGGGCUGUUGUGACAGUGAGGGUGCUGCACACUGACACUGGGACUCUGCUUCUCUCAGCCACUGUCAAAGGCUAUGGUGUGAGCAGAUCAGAGAGCACAAGAAGGACCAGUGGGAAUUCGGAUGGACGAAGAGAUUCUGACAGAAGGCUUCAGUUUUGCUUCCCAAAGAGAAUUGUCCUUCUUCCCAAAAAGCUGGUGUACUUGUGUGGAGAGGCCAUGGAUUCUUCCUGAAGACAGCGUGUUUGCUGGCGUGUUUGGCAGCUCGGGGCUGCUGGCGAGGAGCUGCUCGGCCUGGGGAGCUGCCAGGAACACGAUGCCCUGCCCUGCUCUCGGCCUUGGGAAGCUGUGAGUUGCUCAUGUCCAUAAGGAGGAAGGAUGGCUCAUGGAAUUCCUUCACAAGGCAAAGUUACCAUAACGGUGGAUGAGUACAGCUCCAACCCGACGCAGGCCUUCACGCACUACAACAUCAACCAGAGCAGGUUCCAGCCUCCACACGUGCACAUGGUCGACCCUAUCCCAUAUGAUACUCCAAAACCAGCGGGCCACACGCGAUUUGUCUGCAUCUCAGACACACACUCCAGAACAGAUGGCAUCCAGAUGCCUUAUGGGGACAUCCUUCUCCACACGGGCGAUUUCACCGAGCUGGGACUGCCCUCAGAGGUUAAGAAGUUUAAUGACUGGUUAGGAAACCUGCCAUAUGAAUAUAAAAUAGUGAUUGCUGGGAAUCAUGAACUGACAUUUGAUAAGGAAUUCAUGGCAGACCUUGUUAAACAAGAUUACUACCGCUUUCCUUCUGUGUCCAAAUUGAAACCAGAGGACUUUGACAAUGUUCAGUCACUCCUGACAAAUAGUAUUUACUUACAAGAUUCAGAAGUAACAGUUAAAGGAUUCCGGAUAUAUGGUGCCCCGUGGACACCGUGGUUUAAUGGAUGGGGCUUUAACCUACCCAGAGGUCAGUCUUUGCUAGACAAGUGGAACCUUAUCCCUGAGGGCAUUGAUAUACUAAUGACACAUGGACCUCCCCUUGGUUUUCGAGACUGGGUUCCAAAAGAGCUGCAGAGAGUUGGUUGUGUGGAACUGCUAAACACAGUGCAAAGGCGAGUAAGGCCCAAACUCCAUGUCUUUGGUGGGAUCCAUGAAGGUUAUGGCAUUAUGACAGACGGUUACACAACGUACAUCAAUGCUUCAACGUGUACAGUCAGCUUUCAACCAACCAACCCUCCAAUUAUAUUUGACCUUCCAACCCCUCAAGGAUCAUGAAGCACUGCUGCACGUUUGGAACUGAGGAAGGUCUAUAAACUGCCAUUUUCUAAUUACAAUACUUGCAUUCUGUUACAUGUUUAUUUCAAAGGUUUUUGUGGGGGGGCAUUUUGGGAGGGAGAGUGGAGGGGUUU